AUGUCUGGUGAAAAAGAAGAAGAACAGACCACUGAUAUAAAUUCAGAAGGAAUUAUUGAAGCCUCUCCAGAUGUUCCUGUAAAUGGCAGAAUACCAUCUGUCGAAAAACUUGAUGCACCUGCAAAAUCUUCAAGUUCAUUACAUGAUGGAAAUCAGAGUGAAACUCAAUCAAGUGUUAUUUCUACUGGGAUUGAAAGUGUUCCUGAACCAGGUUCAGAAAUUCCUGAGCCAAACGCAACAUCAGAUAUGGAGCAAUCACAAUUACCUACUGACAUGACCGAGAUUUCAUCAACAACCAGUUUGCAUAAAGAAAAGUCUGAUGCAUCUCAGGAAAAGCUGUCAGAAAGCUUUUUGGGGACUUCUGAAAGAGAUCUAGAAAAGGAAGCCUUACGUUCUGCAGAGAAACUAGAAAGCAUUAAGAAGAUAUCAGAAAUAGUGAUUUCUGAAGCCAAAGAUACAGAAAUAAUUGCUUACCUGUAUGCUGAAGGAUACACUGAUCUUCCUUCUGAAUUUUUGGAAGGGCAAGCUAGAAAAAACUUACUACAUUCUAUAGAGAGUGCUACAAUACCCCAAAAGAUAUCUGCAGAUAUGCGGUCUGAAAUGAUGCUUGAUGAUUUCACAAUUCAAUUAAAUGCAAAAGGACUAGCUGAAAUUCCUACAGGGGUAUUGGACAUGAAAAUGUUGACUUACUUGUACUUAAACAAUAAUGAUAUCAAAAUUAUACCAAAAGAGAUAAAGCAGCUGACAAAACUAGAAAUACUAUCCAUAGAAGGAAAUCGGUUAACAUCAUUACCUCCUGAAAUAGGCUUCCUUGAAAAUCUUCGAACUUUAAACCUCCGACGUAACCAAUUAUCAGGGCUCCCAGAUGAAUUUUCACAACUUUCAGAACUUAAAUAUCUUCUGUUCAGUCAUAACAACAUUGAAAAAUUUCCAUCUGCUUUAACAACACUGAGAAGCCUGGAAAUUUUAGAUCUUAGUGGAAAUAAUGUAACUCUGAUAGAGAAUUUGACCAAAAUGAAAAAGCUGAAUGUCCUAUAUUUAAAUGCUAAUAAGAUGACAAUAUUCCCAAAAGCUCUCUGUUACCUUCCAAAUAUAAGUAAGCUCAGCUUGUCAGAAAACCAGAUCCAAAGUCUACCAAAAGAAAUAGAAGAACUCAAAACAUUAAAGGAACUUUCACUAAACAACAACAGGUUGAUAUUUCUGCCGGUACAGCUUUUUCAGCUUAUACAGCUAGAAAAAAUGAGACUAGAUUGUAACAAGUUAGAAAGCCUAUCAGAUAAAGUAGAGAACCUGCAAAAGCUUCAGGAUCUCAAUCUUGCCAAAAAUUUAUUUCAAAACAUUACUGAUAAUAUUUCCAAAUGUACUAUGCUGGAACGUCUUAAUCUCAGUGACAACCAAUUUAAAAAGCUUCCCAAUAAUCUGUAUAAACUAAAAUAUUUAAAGGAACUAUACCUAAACAGAAAUCAACUGAUCUUAUUAGAUGAACACAUUGCAUUCAACAAAGAGCUGACCAUCUUAGAGGUGUCGGAGAAUGCUUUAAUGUACAUCCCAGUUGAAAUAAAAAGUUGUACAGAAAUCAUUAAGAUUGACUUAAGUUGCAACAAGUUGGCCCUGUUUCCAAUGGGACUGUGUGCGCUGAUAGCUCUUAAACAUCUAAAUCUCAGUGGAAAUUAUAUUUCAGAAAUAACGACUGAAAUUUCAUUCAUCAAAUACUUGCAGUACUUAAAUUUAAGCAAGAACAAAUUGCCUUCCUUUUCCAUACAUUUGUGCACUCUUUCAAGACUAAAUUACUUAGACCUAAGUCACAACCAAAUAAGCAGUAUUCCAACCAACGUGCAAAAAAUGAAGUCUCUUCGGGUUCUGCUCUUACACCACAACAAAUUUAUUUUGUUUCCCAGAGAGCUAUGUGCUCUAAAUCAACUUAGGAUACUUGAUCUUUCUGAAAACAAGAUACAGUUCAUUCCUUCAGAGAUCAAGGAUUUGGAAGAACUAAAAGAAUUAAAUCUGUCAAACAACAAUUUUGCAUCUUUUCCAGUUGAAAUCUGCCAAAUAUCAUCACUGCAAAAAUUAACAAUGUGCCAGAAAAAUGGACUCAAGUUAAAAUCACUUCCAGAAGAGAUAUCAAAAUUUCUGGUCCUCAAAGAACUAGAUAUAUCUUAUAAUGAAUUACAAGAAAUGCCAAAAAGUAUAGGGGAAAUCAAAACUUUGGUCACUUUAAUAGCAAACAACAAUUGCUUUCAAAAGCUUCCAUCGAGUUUUUCAUCACUCCGUAAUUUACAGCACCUGAAUCUCAAAGAAAAUGAGAUACAACAUUUGCCUAGUGAUAUGCAUCUCCUCCUGGGGCUGAAGGAUAUAAAUUUUGAUGGAAAUGCUUUGAUCAGACCUCCCACAGAAGUCUGUAAAGGAAAACAACUGAUUCCAAUAACACACUACAUACGAAGUGCUGAUGAAAGAGAUGAAAAGAUCUUUGAGAAAGUAUUGAAAACAAUUGCUACCAAUGUCCCCUUCGAACAUUUUGAGUUUUUUUGUGAAAAGCUGCAGAUCCAGAGUUCUACCAUCAAAUCUAUUGAAAACAACAAGGGUCUUUCUUUAGAAGAGAAAGUGACUGAGGCAUUGAACCUCUGGAAAACUGCACACUCAGAACUGACCGCAGAGGACAAAACAGUCCAGUUGAUUAGAAUACUCACCAUGGCUGGACUGUAUUACUUGACCAACAGAGUCAAAGCUGUAAAACUCUGUUCAAGAAUUGUAAAAUUCUGA